GUGUUUGUGUGUGAUUUCGUGGAGGAGUAGAAAACGGGCCAACCGGUGGCCAACGUCGAUGAGUCCCGAUGACGCUGUCCCGGGAGCAUCAUGUAUCGCUCCUGCUGGUGAUCGUCGUGGUCGCGUGCGCGUCUGUCGGAGUUUGUAACGGCCAGUACUAUACGACACGUGAUCCACGAUGGUACUCGCGGGAAGGUGACUUCAACUACAAGAUUCCUAACCCGGGCGAUCCGGACUAUCGAACCUACACGUUCAACAAUCGCCGGUACGGUUACUAUCAACCAAAUGGGUACGGCCAACAGUACCCAGGCCAGAGUCUCCCCGGCCAGUACCCCACCAACACGGGUUUAGGCGACGAUCGCUUCAAGUAUGAUCCGACCAAUCCAACGCUCGCCCAGACACCGUUUCCAGGUGUUCUUGGUGGUUGGCGGGAAGAUCUCCAGGGUAAACUGCGCCGUGAUUCGAUGCAGCUCGAACGUGACGUGUUCGUAACGACCAACUACGGACAAGUACAGGGCUUCAUCGUGUAUCUUUACGACAAUCCAGAUCCGAAGAAUCUAUACCGUCCGUGGCACAGUAAUGUCGAUCGGAUUAUGGGGAAAUGCUCCACAUUCUUGGGAAUCCCCUACGCUUUACCACCGACGUUUGAGGGACGCUUUAAGCCACCCCGACAACACCGAGGCUGGCAGUUGGUGCAAGCAGUCGACUAUGGUCCUGCGUGUCCACAGCCGGUGCAGUAUACGGGAGCUACGAAAGGCAUCCGGGAUAUGGACGAGGAUUGUCUGUAUCUGAACAUUUUCUCGCCUAAUACACAAGCAGGUGUUGCCCAGCGUUACCCUGUGAUGAUCUACAUCCAUGGUGGAGAGUUUGUUCGUGGUGCAUCCAACACCUUCCCGGGCCAUAUGCUGGCUGCGUUCUACGAUGUAGUUGUCGUCACGUUCAACUAUCGACUAGGAGCGCUUGGAUUCUUGUCCACUGGCGAUGAGAAUUCGCCGGGUAAUUACGGUAUCCUCGAUCAAAUCAUGGCUGUCCGCUGGGUGUACGAAAACAUCGAAUCGUUCAACGGUGAUCGUAACUCCAUCACUCUGUUCGGUCCCGGUGCUGGAGGUGCCUCCGCCGGUCUACUGAUGGUCGCUCCACAAACAAAAGACAUCGUAACGCGCGUAAUCGGACAGUCCGGAUCAGCGCUGGCCGAUUGGGCGCUGAUCGUGGACAAGUGGCGAGCACAGAACACGAGCCGCGUGUUUGCCCAGAACGUUGGCUGCUCGAUCGAAACGUCCUGGAAGAUGGUAAACUGUAUGCGCAAUGGGCGUAGUUCGUACGAGCUGGGUAAUGCCGAGUUUGCGCCGCACGUUGGCCUCUUCCCGUGGGGACCGGUGUUGGAGAAUAAUUUUACCUUCCCGGGCGAUAGUUGGUACGAGGGAUGGAGUGAGCGUGAUUGGCACUUUCUGUCGGAAACUCCGGAAUCGUUGAUCCGUCGGAGACACUUUAAUCGUGGUCUGCACUACAUGAGCGGUGUAACGCUGCAGGAGGCCGCGUUUGUGAUUACGGGGAAUAAAUCGCUGGCACCGUACUUUGUGGUUGAUGAGCGAUUUUUCGAUCAAAAGGUGCGAGAGCUUGUGCUGCGGUAUAAUUACACGCUGAAUUUGAACGGGACGUACGAGGCGAUCAAGUACAUGUACACGUACUGGCCCGAUCCGAAGAAUACAACAUUUAUACGGGAGCAAUACAUCAAUCUCCUGUCAGACUUUCUCUAUCGAGCCCCAACGGACAAGCUGAUCAAGCUGCUAGUCGAACAGAAUGUCCCGGUGUACAGUUACGUGAUGAACACCACCAUCGAAGGUCUCAAGCUAGCCGAAUGGUGUAAGGUUCCACACGAUAUCGAACACUAUCUACUCGCCGGAGCACCAUUCAUGGACGUGGAGUUCUUUCCACGUCGCGAACGGUUCGAUCGACUCAUGUGGACGGAUAACGAUCGUAACAUGAGUCACUUCUUCAUGAAAACGUACUCGGACUUUGCACGGUACGGUAAUCCAACACCGACGCAGGUUCUUGGCCUUUACUUCGAGAAGGCAAGGAAUGGUGAGCUGAGGUAUCUGAAUCUGAACACGACGUACAACUCGACGAUCAUGAUGAACUUCCGGCAGACGGAGAGUGCCUUCUGGAUGGAGUACCUUCCAACGGUGGUCGGUGUGCUGAUACCUACCUAUCCACCAACGACGGAGUUCUGGUGGGAACCGAAAGAACCACUGCAGAUCGCGUUCUGGAGCUUAGCUGCUGCGUGUCUCAUACUGUUGGUGCUCGUCGUGAUGUGCUGUAUGAUGUGGCGCAGUGCAAAAAGAGAAUCUGAUCGCCUCUACGAUGAAGCCGUCUUCGGCAUGGAUAAUCCCGAAUCGGAACGGGACACAGUGAUGGAGAACAACAUGCUCCAGGCACAACCGCUUCGUGGUCAGUCGGGCAACAUCUACGAGUACCGCGACUCGCCGUCCAAGUACAGCAAGAUGCCACCGGACGGUGGUUCUAUCCGGUCGCCCAGCAGUCUCGGUAUGACGCAGGUCACCGGGAAGAGUGGUCUUACCGGUAGCCAAAGCUCGCUACGCAGUGCCAUCUCGAUGAAGGAAUCGACCUCCAUCUCGCCGCCACCGUCGAAGGAAUCGAACUUCGAUCGGAACAUUAAGUACGCCGGUGGUGGUACGGCGGACGUCCAGAGCGAAUCGAUCCAACGCAACGGGAAGUUCCCAAGGUCCGAUUCGAAGAACUUGCUAGCGUCGGCGACGCCUGCCGAGCUGGCACGAUCUCAACGCGAUCUUGGUGGUGCUACCUCACCGAUGAGUGAGGCGUCCGUUAUGGCUGGCAGUGUGUUGGGACGAUCGCAGCAAGUAACUCCCGUACCAUCGAGCCGUGGUGGAAUGAAGAGUAAUAAUGCCAGCCGAACGAACCUGAUCGAGGGCAUUCCUCAGACGGCGGUUUAGUAGU